AAAACUAUGAUGAUGAGCGUUUUCAGUUGGGGUUAUGAGUUCACUAGUGAUGUCUCGGGCGGCCAUUUUGUUAAUCGUCACCAUCCUUGCAGCUUUUGGUGGGGCGCAGAUUUCCAACAAGUUGGAAGUGGGUUUGAGCUCCCCAACCACUGUGGGACAAAGUCAAGAUCUGUUCUGUACUUCACCUUCGUUAUCUCACAAUGAGUGCCUUUGGGUCUCACCUGAUGGCCUUGGUUACAUUGUGGAAGGUGGUCUGGUUACUGACAUAGAUGGCAAUGUCGUUAAUGGCAUCACAGCGGAUGGAACUGAUCUGAAUACUUGUGCGAUCACCAUUGAGUCAUUGGAAGAGGGACAAAUUGGAACAUGGAAAUGUCACUUGGAUUUUGGAACUCAAGCACCGUUUCAGGAAGCUUUUCUGAGUGUCAUCACUGAGCCACGAGUUCAAGAUGUUCGAAUUCCCACACAUUUUGAGCCAAUUAGCUAUGACAUUAGUUUGGUGCCUUUUAUUGUUCCGGAUAACUUCACCUUCAAUGGCGACGUGUCCAUUGACCUGAAGGCCACAGAAGACUCGACAAAUAUAACAUUGCAUUCCAAGGCGAUGAUUAUUUAUGAAGACCUGGUGGUGGUGACCAUGGGUACGAAUAAAGAAGCUCUUCCAAUUAUUGGCUUCAGUUAUGAUUCUGCCCGGGACUUCAUUAUCCUCAAUUUGGAUAAGUCAAUUUUGACCGGGGAGGAGGUCAACGUUCAUAUGAAAUUUCUCGGAAAUCUUAAUGAUGACUUAUCAGGGUUUUAUCGAAGCUCAUACUCAGAUUCCAGAGGCAUUCACUACAUGGCCAUCACUCAAUUUCAAGCUACUGAUGCGCGAAAGGCUUUCCCGUGUUUAGACGAGCCGGCCUUGAAGGCCACCUUUAGCAUUCGAUUGGGACGCACUGACGAUUUUAAGGCUGCCAGUAACAUGCCAAUAAUCAAUCCAGGUGUUCCCAUGGAUGGAACGGACGAGUAUGUGUGGGACGAGUUCCAAACUACAGAGAAGAUGUCCACUUACCUCCUUGCAUUUCUCAUCACGGACAUGGAGUUCAUCGAAAGCGACAGUGCCUUAGGGCGCAUCCCAUUCAGAAUCUGGACCCAACGAGAUUAUUUGCCCCAAACUGACUACGCUGCUGAAAUCGGUCCCCGAAUUCUAACCCAUUACGAAUCCAUAUUCGGAAUUGAUUUCCCAUUGCCGAAACAGGACAUGGCUGCCAUUCCAGAUCUCAGUUUUGGUGGCAUGGAGAAUUGGGGCCUCGUGACCUAUCGGGACACGGCUUUGCUUUAUCAACCAGGAGUGUCCUCUCUGAAGAACAAAGACAGAGUUACAGAUGUUGUUGCUCACGAGUUGGCUCACCAAUGGUUUGGCGAUCUGGUCACCAUGGGUUGGUGGUCGGAUUUGUGGUUAAAUGAAGGUUUCGCCAGUUACGUCUCUUACAUUGGGCAGGAGCACAUUUUGCCUGAAUUUGGAGGAAAGGAUAGAAUCUCUUUGGACAACAAUCAAGUUGUUUUCGUUGAGGAUGCUCUAGAAACGUCCCAUCCCAUUUCUGUGACGGUCAACCAUCCUGACGAAAUCAACGAAAUCUUUGACAACAUCUCUUACGAAAAGGGAUGCGCUCUCAUUCAGAUGAUGGUCAAUUUCUUGGGAGAAUCUACAUUUUUCAAGGGAAUCAGGAACUAUCUUCAAACGUUUUCGUAUGGGAACGCAUUCCAAUCUGAUCUGUGGGCUAAAUUGACAGAGGCUGCCAAUGAGGACGGUGCUCUUCCUCCAAGUGUGGAUGUGCAACAGAUUAUGGACACGUGGACCUUGCAAAAAGGCUUUCCAGUCAUCUCAGCGAUUCGGGAUCCGACCAAUCUCGUGACGCUAACUCAAGAGCGCUUUUUGGUGGGUGGAACCUCCGUCAAAGACGAUCAUGAUUACAAAUGGUGGGUGCCAAUUUCCUACGCUGGCAGUGGCGAGAACUUCUCCCAAACCAAAAAUCAGGAAUGGAUGUCACCUGAUGAAGCCACCAAACAGAUCCAAAUCGAUGUGCCAGAGGAUUCAGCUUUAAUCCUCAACAUUCAGCAAACGGCAUACUAUCGGGUCAACUACGAUGAGGCCAAUUGGAACAAGAUAGCUUAAGUGUUAAAGUCCAACCCCGACAACGUCCAUCGUAUCAAUCGUGCCCAGAUUUUGGAUGAUUCAUUGAGCUUGGCCAGAAUUGGCCUUUUAGAUUACAGCCUCUCUCUCAGUCAAACAGAGUAUUUGGAUAAGGAAGAGGAUUACAUUCCUUGGCAGGGAGCGCGCAAGGGUCUUUCCUAUCUCCUUCUGAUGAUGAAACGAAAUCCAGGCAGAGAUGAGCUGAUGGCUUACAUGUCUUCGAAGGUGAACCACAUCUACCAGAGACUGGGAAUCGAUUCUUUGGAGAGCGAUACUUUCUUUGAUACCUUGCUACGAGACCUCUCAGUGGGAUAUCUAUGCUCCUUUGGCAAUCCAGAUUGUACCAAUCCUGCUAAGGCCAAAUUUGCAGAAUGGAUGAGCUCGUCCGAUCCCGAUGAAGAGAAUUCGAAUCCAAUUGAUGCCGCAGUUCGAUCAACUGUGUAUUGUAGCGCAGUAGCUGAAGGACAGAGCGAUGUCUGGGAUUUCCUAUUUGAGCGAUAUCUUCGCGGCACAAAUGGAAACGAGAAAUCCAACAUUCUAAGUGCCUUGGGGUGCUCCUCCAAUGAGGAAACGCUUCAAAGGUACCUGGCAUUGUCCAUGGAUCCGGACUCUGGGAUCCGUAAACAAGACGGCAAAUCCGUGGUGUCCUCGGUGGCCAAUAAUGCCCAAGGAAGUGCGAUCGCCUUUCGAUGGCUGGACUCUAAUUGGGAUGCUAUUCGCUCAUAUUUCGAUACGGCUGUCAGUUCGCCUUUAGCCGACAUGGUUGGCGUCGUGGCCAGGUCAUUCAACACCCAAGAGGAAUUAGACGGACUUAAGAUCUUCGUUCAGAGCCAUCAGAACAACCUGGGCACGGCUCAGAGAGCCACCGAACUGGCCAUUGAGACGACGGAGGCCAAUAUAGCUUGGAUGGAAGACUAUUAUAAUGUCAUUGUUGAGUGGUUGCAAGGCAAGACUCAGUCAUGAACACUCAAGAUCUAUUCUCUCUCGGUCUCUGUGGGUCCUCUCCCACUCGCUGGCCCGACUGGCCCGAUUGGCCUGACUGGAAAGGUGUUGACAAUAAAUGCAAUUUUCACCCCGGA